AUGGGAUCUGGGUUCUUUUUCUUUCUUUCCUUGUCAACUUUACGGUGGUCGUGUAACAUAGUUAUAUCAGCGUUUUCAAGGCAUCCUAUCGGAGGGUUCUGUCUUUUUAGUUCUUUUUCUGUGAUGACAGAUGACUACUGUUUUGUACCUUCCGUGAUCGGGUUUCUAAAAAGCCUGAUGGAAAAUAAAGGCACAUCUUAAUGCGAUGGAAA